AUGGAGACGGAGAGCGUCGUUCUACCACUUUUUGAGAGAGGAGUUAUUUCAUAUGUUUAUUCACUUUGUGUCAUAAUGGACAAUUCAAGCAUUUUUAUAGAAUGUGGUAGUAGUCAAGGGGAAGAUGUAGAAGUUGAUCACGAUGAUUGUGGUGGUGAUGAUGAUGACUCCUAUUUCUUCUAUGACAUAGAUUUGGAUGAUGAUUUUCACUUGAGGAAUGUAUUUUGGGCUGAUGCAAGAAGUAGAGCCACUUACGAAUAUUUUGGAGAUGUUGUAACUUUAGACACAACAUACUUGACUAACAAGUAUGACAUGCCUAUUGUUGCAUUCGUGGGUGUGAAUCACCAUGGUCAAUCAACAUUACUUGGUUGUAGAUUAUUAUCAGGUGAAGACACAGAUUCUUUUGCGUGGCUAUUUAAGUUAUGGCUUCGUUGUAUGCUAGAAAAAGCAUAUUUGGGUAUUGUGACCAAUCAAUGUAAGGAUAUGAAAAAUGCUAUUGAGUUAGUCUUCCCUACAACUUGUCAUAGGUGGUAUUUAUGGCAUAUAAUGAAAAAAAUUCCAGAAAAGCUUUGUGGAUAUGGUGAAUACAAAAGGAUCAAGUAUGCAAUGAAAGAAGCAGACUGUGAUACAUUUACAACAACUAGUUUUGAACAAAAAUGGUGUUCGUUUAUAGAAAAAUUUGAUCUCCAAGUAAAUGAUUGGUUGGGUGGGUUGUAUAUUGAGCGUCAUAGGUGGGCAUCAACUUUGUUAAGGAAAUAUUUUUGGGAUGGUAUGUCAACUACACAACGUAGUGAGAGCAUACAUGCUUUCUUUGAUGGAUAUAUCAAUUCUACAACAAGUCUAAAUCAGUUCUUAAAACAAUAUGAUAAUGCUCUUAGAAGUCAGGAAGAAAAGGAAUUUGAAGCUGAUUUUAAUUCGAUGGAUACAACAAUUCCAUGUGGGAAAACGCGUCCAUUGAGAAGCAAUUCCAAAGUGAGUUUACUAAUGCCAAAUUCAAGGAAAUUCAAGUGGAAUUCAGAUCUAAAAUGA